AUGUCUGCCUGCAAUGUGUGUUUGGUAUUUCUGAUCUGGUGUCGGGUUUUAAAUCUUUCAGCAGCAGAGAGUGAAGGAUCUGCGGUGGAUGACGGUGAUGGUGGAAAUGGAACUGUGUUCACUGUCCCCAGUUACAGACCCACCAGACAUUCACCAGGAGCUGGUGGGGAUCUGAAGAUGAAACAAGCUACUUCAAGUGGACCUAAACCUGCUUCAGGCUUUGUAUUUCACCAAGAAAGGUUGCUUCAAGAACUGAAGGAUUAUAAGUUUGUAUUCCCACAGCUGGUUUCAGGAAGAGGGAAACGGAGUGUCGCCAUACUGCCUCAGAGGAACAAUUCAAAUAAGCUCAGCAUCUCGGUGGAGCUGGAUGGAAAGACCUGCACGUUGGAUCUCCAUAGCAAUACAUUCCUUUUGCCCAGAGGGUUCCAGGUGACGUACUAUGAUUCCAAUGGGACUCUGGUGACUGAGACAGACAGUGAAAUGUAUCGCUGUCACUAUAUGGGAUCUGUGAGAAGAUUUCCUGGAUCUCAGGUCUCUGCAAGCACCUGCUCAGGACUCAGUGCUGUGAUUGUGUUCAGUAAUCGAACUUAUGUCAUUGAACCUGUUGUGGGGGACGUAGUCGGUCGUCAUUUGUUAUACAGAGCCGAAGAUCUCCUGCCAGUACCGAGUGGCUGUGGAGUCAGAGCUCCAUCCCCUGAGUUAACCCUGACUGAUCACCUUGAGCGCUCUCAGAGGAUGGAAAGGGAUCAGCUGGCUGAGACGAAAUAUAUCGAACUGGUGCUAGUGGCAGAUCGGAAUCUGUAUCAGAAUAUGAACAGUAAUAGAGGAGCUGUGGUGCGAAGAAUGCUUGACAUUGCCAAUACAGUUGACCUGUAUUACAGACCAUUCAACAUUCGCAUUGCUCUGAUUGGAGUGGAGAUGUGGACCACAAAUCAAAUUCCCGUUCACAAGCAAGCUCCAUUAACUAUGGUGCAGUUCCUGAAAUGGAGAGAGAAUACACUUCUCCCACGACUGCAGAAUGACAACGCCCAUCUCCUCAUAGGUGGCUAUUUUGAGUAUGGUGUCACAGGUUUGGCACCGUUAAGCACGAUGUGUUCAUCAGGUUAUUCGGGAGGAGUAAAUGUCGACAACCGACCCAGCCAUUUGCCUGUUUCUUCUACUCUUGCACAUGAGAUGGGACACAAUCUGGGAAUGACACAUGACACUCCAGAACGGAAAUGUACCUGUCAAGGCAAGAUCAUGGGUGGCUGCAUCAUGGAUGAAUCACUUGGUUCAGUUUUGCCAACAACCUUCAGCAAUUGCAGCCAACAGGACUUGGUCGACAGCAUCAGCCAAGGUGUUGGGAUCUGUUUGGACAAUGUGCCGAGUCUCAGCCAACUGGUUACUGCCUACGAAUGUGGCAACUCACUCUUAGAGAAAGGCGAGGACUGUGACUGCGGCAAACCUGAGGAAUGUGAAAACCCCUGCUGUGAGCCCUUGACAUGUCAAUUCAAACCUGGUGCACAAUGCUCUUUGGAUUCUGGCCUCUGCUGUAAGAACUGCAAAUUUCUGCCAGAGGGAACUCUUUGUCGGCCGAUGAAGGGAGAAUGUGAUUUGCCGGAGUUUUGCACAGGUGCCUCCUCAAAUUGUCCUGAUAAUGUGUACCUGAAAGAUGGCCACAAAUGCAGCAAAGGAGAUUUAUUCUGCUACAAGGGUGUCUGUCAGUCUGCAGAUAAACAGUGCCAGGAGAUCUGGGGACCUGGAGCAAGAUCUGCUGAAGACGCUUGUUAUGAAAUUACAAAUAGAGGAGGAAAUGAGAAUGGAAACUGUGGCAAGGAUGACCACAAUAACUUCAUAAAAUGUCUCCCUCAACGGGGACCCGAGGAACCUGUAGCCAAGCAAGGACCCCAGUGUGACUGGGGUCCUCCCAGUCUGCACAAAAUUGUGUGGUAA